CAACUCCUAUAAAAUGGGGGUUGUUCCUAAGGAAAUCCCAUAACUCAAUACAAUUCCGCUAUUUCAACAACAUAUUCACAUUUCAAUUAUUCAAAAGGAGAAUGGCUCGAUCAUAUGCCCACAAUGUUGUGGGUGUUGGGAUUUUCAUGGUAAUGCUUGUGGCUAUAGUAGAGGCCACUCCUCCUGGAAUAGCCAACAACCCAAGUCAUUCUCAUUGCUCUGAUGAUGAUAUCAAACAGUGUAAAAAUCUUCCACAUGUUUGUCCCAAGUUCUGUCCUAACGGCUGCAUAACUGAGUGUCGUUCUUGUAAGCCUAUUUGCAUUGAUGGCCCACCUCCACCUCCCUAUUCCCCUCCUCCAUCAGCAUCACCUCCACCUCCAUCUCCUCCAUCAACAUCUCCCAAGAAGUAUAAGUGCAAGAACAAGAAAUACCCAAGUUGUUAUAAUCAAGAACAUACUUGCCCUAGUUCUUGCCCUACUACUUGUCAAGUUGAUUGUGUCUCUUGCAAACCUGUCUGCAAUUGUGACAAGCCUGGAGCAGUUUGCCAAGAUCCACGUUUCAUUGGUGCAGAUGGAAUCACUUUUUACUUCCACGGCAAGAAGGACAAAGAUUUUUGCUUGGUCUCAGAUUCUAAUCUCCACAUCAAUGCCCACUUCAUAGGGAAACGAAAUGAGAAUAUGAGGAGAGACUUCACUUGGGUUCAAGCCAUCGGUAUUCUAUAUGGUACACACAAUAUUUCUAUUGGAGCACAGAAGACAGCAACAUGGGAUGAUGCUAUCGACCGCCUCUCCCUCAACUUCGAUGGUGAAACUAUUGUUCUCCCCAACAACCAAGGCGAAAGCUGGAUGUCUGAAUCUGGACCAACAACAUACAUCACUCGAACCGGCAAGACCAAUGAAAUUGUAAUCGAAGUUGAAAGUAUUUUCAAGAUUAUAGCAAAGGUGGUGCCUAUUACAGAGAAAGAAUCUAGAGUUCAUAACUAUGACAUAACACAAGACGAUUGUUUUGCUCAUCUUGAACUUGGAUUCAAGUUCUUGUCACUAAGUGAUGAAGUGAGUGGUGUUUUGGGUCAAACUUAUAGAAGGAACUAUGUGAGCAGAGUGAAGAUGGGUGCUUUGAUGCCUAUAAUGGGAGGUGACAAGGAAUUUUUAGCUUCAGGACUCUUUAAUGCUGAUUGCUCUGUUGCUAAGUUUCAAGCAGAAAAUGAGAAUGUGGGUUCGUUGAACAAUUUGGAGCUGCCAAGCUUGAAAUGCAACAGUGGAAUUCAUGGACGUGGAGUUGUCUGCAAGCGUUAGAGUUUCUUAACAGAUUUAAUGAAUUGUUGCUCGAAUAAAGAGUUAAUUGGAAAAUAAGGUUAGAAACCAAAGAAAUGUAUUAAAAACUAUGUUCAACGGAUAUGUAUUAAAGCUGGGCAAAAGUAAUUACUCACUUAUAACAUUCUUAUCA